AUGGGUGGUGCGGAAGAAAUUCCGCCAGGUGUCGCUCACGGAGACGAGCUGCACUACCUGUUUAAAUUUGAUGACGAGCCAUACACCGACACGGAACAGGCCAUAAGUUCCAAGAUGAUCGAGAUCUUUUAUUCGUUUAUGCUUUACGGUAAACCUACAGGCAACAACAGCGCACAAGAUGAACCUCCAGGUCCCAGAGCUUUGCCAGUAUUGGGAAAUUUGCUCGAUUUGGCUCGAGCUUCGGACGACAUGACGAAAAUGUUUGGAGUUUUGUCGGAAAAAUGGGGGGAAAUUUAUACAGUAAAGAUCGGAUCUAAAAAGACAGUUGUAUUAACGUCGAAGGAGUCCAUGCAAAAGGUGCUCACGGACGAGGGCAGUUAUGGCCGAGAUUUGUCCGGCAUGAUGGCGGAUCGCUGUUGGAAUAAAAAUCUGGGCAUUGCUUUUGCGGAGGGGGAAAUUUGGGAAAAAUCGAGAAUCUGGACGUUUAAAACUUUAAAACAUUUUGGGUUAGGAAAAUCCACAGAAGUCGAAAAUUACGUCAAAAGAUCUUCGGAACCCUUAUUUACCGAGAUUGACAAGCAAAUAGGGAGUCGUGGUGCGGUUGAUGUCGAAUUACUUUUUAGCCCUGCGAUUCUCUCCAUCAUUUGGCAAUUAGUUGUCGGCCGGAUUUCCAGAGCGGAUGAACCUGCGAUUAACCUUUUGUCCUACCAUUUAAAUAAAUUCGCUCUCAGCAGCGCCGUUGGUGCCGGACUGGUCAACGCGUUCCCCGUCUUAAGAUACAUUUUCCCUCGUUGGACAGGGUAUAAGGAACAGAUGGCGUUUUUCAAUGCGUCCCAUGAGAUCGCCAAGAAUCUAUAUGCUGAAUCCGAACUCAAACUAAAAUCUAGCCCUGACGCCGCACCAGCUACAAACAUGCUGGACGCCUUUGUCCAAAACUGUGUGACUGAGCCAAGCAAUAUAUUUAAUUGUCUCAACUUCCAGUUGAUCUUUAUGGACCUGUUUGGAGCCGGGACGGAAACAACGAGCACUUUCAUGGAAGCUUGCGUCCUCUACCUCAUAUCGUAUCCGCACGUCCAAGAAAAAGUAUACCAGGAAAUAUUACGCAUCGCACCGGACGGGAGACCUCUUAACUUUUCGGAUCGACAAAAGUAUUUUAUUUUAUAA